AAAUUCAAAAAAGGCAGAACAAACAUUAUGUAACGUAACCAUGUAAACAAAUAACCAAUCAAAAAUAAAGUAUCAUUGAAUCCAUUGAAUUUACAUUUAUUGAUUUAUUUUUAAAAAUUAAGAUAUAUAUAAAAAGUGAUUUGUUCUCUUCAUUAUUGAUUAUAUCCAUUGAUAUAUCCAUUGUAUACAUUGAAUUGAAAUCCCUUAAACUAUAGAUUGUACUAUAUAUUCAUGUCAAGAUUAUAUCCAGCGGAUACAAGAUCUCAAAAAGUUCUUGAAGAACUUUAUGAAAAAGAAACUAUAUCACAAUUAAAUUGGUUUUUGAAAUGUCAACAAGCUAAGAAUAUACAUCAUGAUAAUACUUCAGUAAGACCUUCAACGAUAGUUGAUACAUCAUUGCCGAAAACUUCAUUAAAGAGUUUGCCAAAAUCUAAUACAGAAGAUAAAGAAGAUUUAGCUGAACAAUCAAAUGAGAUUCAUUUAACUGAUAAUGUAAUAAAAGAACAAAAUCAUAUAGAUGCUAUUGAAUUAGAUAUGUAUAAACCAUCUAAUGAUGUAUUAAAAUUAUUAUAUGAUGGUAUAUCAAAAGAAGGUAAAGGACGAAGUCGUUAUCUUCAUGAUCGUUAUAAAUUAAAUUUAGAAGAUAAAUUCCAAUUUCCUGUACUUAGUUCAAUGGAAUAUGGUUGGGGUCAUGCAGAUCUAAUUAGUAAAUCAACUGCACAAUCUAGAAAGUUUGGACGUCAGUGUGUUAUUGAAGAUUCAUUUUGUCGACGAACCGGGAUACCAUUUAAGCAUGGAGCUGGAAUGCUUGGUUUAGAUAAAUAUAGUUUUUAAAAAAAAAUUGCAUUAUUGUAACUUAUAAGCAAACUUUUUGUUUAACAUUAACGAAUUUUUAACUUUAAACCUUUCAGGUAAAACAAUUUAAAGUGACUAAUGAGUUAUUUCACUCGAAAUAACCCAUACAUAUCAAAAGUGUAAAUUUCAUAUUAUUUUAUUGUUUUAUUUGAGCUACUAAUACAUUUAUAAGUAGCAUAAAUCUUACUAAUAAUAUUUUUUGUGUCCAUUCAAAAUUUCAUUGCUCUCUUGAAUUAAUCACAUUGUUAUUAUGAUUUAAAAAAUGAUUGAUACGAUUGUA